AUGGCGUCAUCUGAAAAUUCAGCGGUGGCAAAUCCGUCGUGGCUGGAAUUGCCGCGUGAGAUCACGGCAUUGAUUUUGCACAAAUUGGGAACAAUAGAGAUACUAACGAGCGCCCAGAAAGUGUGUACUACCUGGCGGAGAGUGUGCCAAGACGUGACCAUGUGGCGGAUAAUCGACAUGCGCAAUUUAGGCGACCUCUGGGCAACGCCUUACGACCUCGUAAAGAUGUGUCGCCACGCAGUGGAUGUUAGCAAAGGCCAAUUGGAAGAUAUCAAUAUUGAGUAUUUUGGUACCGAUGAUCUGCUUACCUACAUUUCUCAGAGCUCCAACCAGCUCAGACGGCUUCGAAUUGUAUUUUGCUAUAAUAUAACAUGUGAAGAAGCUAUUGAAGUUAUUGGACGUUCUUGCCCGCUGUUAAAGUCUUUUAAACUGAACAACCAAGGAUCUUUACUCCCGGAUGUUGAGUGUGAUUUGGAAGCCCUAGCAGUAGCGAAGAACAUGCCCAACUUGCACCACCUUCAACUUUUUGGAAAUAAGAUGACAAAUGAAGGCCUGCAGGCCAUUCUGGAUGGCUGUCCUCGAUUGGAAUCACUUGAUCUACGCCAAUGUUUUAAUGUUUCCCUUGGAGGAAAUUUAGGAAGAUUAUGUUCUCAACGGAUUAAAGAUUUAAGGCGCCCCCUUGACUCAACUGACGAUUAUGGAUUUGAUGCUGAAAUUGACGAUAGGGAGUCUUUUGAUGAGGAUAACCUAUCUGGAAUUUCUGACAUUGACAUGGUGUCAGAUUAUGAUAAUUAUCUUGAGUUCUCUGAUGGCAGUGGUGCUUCGUAUCAUGAAGACGAAGAAGAGUUGUUCAUUGGCUGA